AUGGAGGAGCCCUGGGAGCUUGCUCCUCCCCAGGAUCGUCGCCUUGAGAAUUUCCGCACAAAGCCCACCAAAGCCGUGAAUGCACUAUAUCUAGCAGCUGGGAAAGCCGCUCAAUAUAUGCCCAAACUUAGGGGCAUGACUCUGCGUUCUAUCGUUGAAUGUGAAAACUUCGAUGGACUUCAGCAUGUCUUGGAACACAGUGCCCAACAUUGGUUUUAUUAUGACCGCUCCAAAGGCAAAGCAACGUGGGUUAGCUCGGGGGAAUUCCACGUGACAAGGGAAGUUCAUGAGGUCUGGAAUAUGGUUGCCAAAAGCCAUGGCCACGACCAUAUCACGGUUGAGAACCUUGGCUUCCAUAGAGUGGCACCAUCCCUUUUGACAUACCAACCUUGGGAGAUUGAUGAAGAGUACAUACAACGCGAGCAAGGCUUUUCAUGGGAAGCUUGA